GCAGAGCACACCAAAGAGUGCAGGCAUUUGGCUGUUUAGUGAUGAACUGAGGCGUGCAGAUCCUGUAUGAAAACAAAGCUGAAAUUUAGACGUGCAAGAUGGAGUUAUUGCUGUUUAUUACACUAUUAAGCUCUCUGACAAGUUCACUUUGCCAGCAGCAAUCCAGUGUCCUUACUCCGCCUUAUUUUAACAUUGCAGAAGGAAAAUCUAUUGAAGCAACAUCGACAUGUGGAGAUGAAGGAGAACCAGAGCGUUAUUGUAAACUGGCAGGAAAUACAGGCGUAAACAGUUUUCGCUACCAUGAACAAGACAUCGUGGAUGGCCAGUACUGUGACUAUUGUGACUCGCAAGAUUCACUUCGGGCUCAUCCUGCUGAAUACGCUAUUGACGGUACUGAGAAAUGGUGGCAAAGCCCUCCACUCUCUCGAUCUUUUGAUUACAGUAAAGUCAAUAUCACUAUUGAUCUCGGACAACUUUUCAAUGUGGCGUAUGUUAUCAUCAAGUUUGCAAACUCUCCAAGACCGGGUGUGUGGGUUCUAGAAAAAUCAGUUGAUUAUGGAGAGAGCUAUGAACCUUGGCAAUACUUUGCAGAUACUCCUAGCGAUUGCUUCAACUUUUUUGGUAUAGAUUCUGAUGACCAACUUACUUCUGAUGAUGAUGUUAUUUGUACAACUGAAUACUCUGCAAUUGUGCCGCUUGAGGAUGGAGAGAUUGUUGUGUCGCUUAUAAAUGGGCGCCCAGGAGCCAGAACUUUUUAUGACUCUCCGGUCCUCCAAGAAUUUACAAGUGCCACAAAUGUUCGUCUUCGCCUCAUACAAACCAAAACACUUCUUGGUCAUCUGAUGGCAAAACAGCAACAGGAUCCAACUGUAACCAGGAGAUACUUCUACAGUAUUAAAGAUAUUUCGAUUGGUGGACGUUGUGUAUGCAAUGGACAUGCCAACUCCUGCGAUACCCCAGUUCCGGGAAAUCCAGAACGGUCCAUGUGUACGUGUUCCCACAAUACCUGUGGUGCAGAAUGUGAGCAGUGUUGUCCUGGCUUUGUUCAGAAGGAAUGGAGACCAGCGUCGCCAGAGAGUGCCAAUGAAUGUGAACCAUGUAACUGCUAUGGACAUUCUAACGAAUGUGUGUAUGAUGAAGGGGUAGCAUUACGUUCCGAGUCGAUUGAUAUCCACGGUAACUAUUCGGGAGGAGGAGUUUGUACCAACUGUAGGGAUAAUACCCAGGGAAUAAACUGCAAUGAAUGCAUUGCUGGAUUCUACCGUGUACAAGGAGAACCACUUGACUCGCCAUAUGUUUGUAGAAGGUGUGAAUGUGAUCCUUACUUCUCAACUGGCAACUGUGCUCCUUCGACUGGCUUGUGUGAAUGUAAACCGCAGUUUACUGGUGAUGGAUGCUCUGAUUGUAGUCCAGGGUAUUACAGUUUUCCUGAGUGUAAAGCUUGCGAUUGCCACAUUCAAGGCACCCAUGAGGCGCUGUGCCAAGCCAAUGGAGGGCAAUGUCCGUGCAAGUAUAACUAUGGAGGCCUCAACUGUGAUGUGUGUGCCCCUGGGUUCUACAACUUUCCAGAGUGCACUCCAUGUGGAUGUAAUUUUGCUGGUAUUGUGAGUCCUACAUGUGAACCAACUACUGGACAGUGUAGAUGUCAACAAAACUUUGCAGGGCGUGCUUGUGAUCAGUGUAGUGAUGGAUAUUACAGUGAAUUUGAUUGUGUUGCCUGCGACUGUGAUACGCAAGGUACAGUACGUGAGGUAUGCAACAAGACAACGUCGGAGUGUUUGUGUAAGAGUAACUUUGCAGGAAGCCGUUGUGAUCGCUGUGCAGAAGGUUUGAGUAUGACCGCUCAAGUAUGGCGAGAUGAAGGCCACAACUCGACUAAGCCCGUCAGCCUAAAGCCAUCAGUAAAGAAACGCCAUCUCUGGACGUAUACGCAGGAAUAUUUAAUAGAUAUCUGGAAGGAGCCAGAAAUCGCCGAAAAAAUUGAAGAUAAAUUGUAUCGUCAGAAGGCUGGUGUCCACGAAAGGAUAGCAGAGAGAAUGCGGGACUUAAUCCACAAUAGCAUAACAUCGGCAAUUGUUGCGACAAAGUUGAAAAAUCUAAGAGCAGACCACAAGGCUGUGAGAGACAUUUUUAUUCCUAGGACGGCUUGUAGUUGUGACGUAUCCGGGACUGGUGGUCUAAUCCAGUGUAACAAUCAAGGUCAAUGUCCUUGUCAGGCAAAUUUUGGUGGCAUGAAGUGCGACUCUUGUAACACCGGAUAUUAUCGCUUCCCAGAAUGCUUAUUGUGUGGCUGUAGAUUCUUCAGUUCAAACUCACUAGAGUGUGACCAGCUUACUGGGCAAUGUGACUGUCUGGAAAAUUAUAGGGGCCGCAUGUGUGAUGUUUGUAACCAAGGGUUUUAUAACUUCCCGAAAUGUGAAGAAUGUGAUUGUGCUCCAGCUGGUGUACAAGAACUUGCUGGUCAACCUCUUGGUGGCUGUGGUGCUGAGACCAAGGGAGCAUGUAUCUGUAAGAGAUAUGUAGUGGGGAGGUCAUGUGAUACAUGUGCACCGUUAUACUGGAAUCUUCAAUCGAGCAACCCUGAUGGUUGUGAGAACUGCAAUUGCUUUACUCCAGGAACAAUAUCUGGUAGUGACAGGUGCGACACUGUGAGUGGACAAUGUUUUUGCAAACUUCGGACCAGUGGUAGAAUUUGUAAUGAAUGCGAAGAUGGUGCCUAUCAGCUUAGUGAAGGAAAUUCAUUUGGCUGCACAGCAUGUAAUUGUGAUAUUGGUGGAGCUGUAAAUAAUGUGUGCAACAAAUUUACUGGAAAUUGCAUUUGCAAACCUAGGAUUCGUGGACAGAACUGUGAUCAGCCAGAAUUUGCUCACUAUUUUGCUGACCUUUACCAAUACAAGUAUGAAAUUGAAUUGGGCCAAACUACAGAUGGUAGCAAGCUACGUAUUGGGUAUGAUCAAACCAUCUUCCCAGACUUCUCUUACAUUGGAUAUGCUAUAAUGUCUGACAAUCUGCAGCCUUCCGUUAUUUUAAAUAUACCUGUCGAAGUUCCAGAUAUCUAUCGCAUUGUGCUUCGCUACAUGUACAGUGGCGCUGAACCUGUGUAUGGUACAAUUCGCAUGAUUCCCCGCAACAUGGAAACAAGUUCAGAGCAAGAGUCUCGUAUAUUAUUUAAAACUGGUGGUGUACCGCAGCUUGUAACUGUUGAAGGUAACUUUGUAAUUUCACCUUUCGUGCUAAACCGGGACUACUGGCGUGCUGUUAUAGAUGCUCCCUCAGGUGUAAUGCUGGAUUACCUUGUUUUGCUGCCGUCAGUAUAUUUUGAAGCCAGAAUUCUGAAAUACGAUGUCACUGAACCAUGCGUAGCAGGACAAGAUCAAGAGAGGUGCAAUUAUUAUACUUUUCCGAGAUUGGAACAAUUUGAUAUACUUCUUGGACAGGCCGGUUACUACACAAAUGAUAAUGGUGACAUUGAACGUACCAACCUCUUCUCUGAUAUCACUAUAUUGGAAGAUCUAGGUGUCUCUGCCAUGGCUUACUUAAGUCCAGAUCAGCCAUAUAUAAAUGUAUCGUAUCCAGUAGAUUCUGUCGGCAAUUAUGUGUUUGUGAUCGAGUAUUAUGGGGGAGGUCCAGGUGCUCACCGUGGCAGGUUUGAUAUCACACUUCCUGAUGGGCAGCAGUCAGGAUAUGUUGUCAUUUACAAUUGUAACUUCUUGUGCCGAGGAGUUGUGAUGGACACCCAAAAUCGUGUGAAAGUAUUCAACUUGACAGAAAAACUGUUCAGCGCUAGUUUCUCUGAAUAUGGUCGAAAUUUUGUCUUCGCUCUUAGUUCCAUUGUUGCUGUACCAGCAGACAAAUGGAGUAUGGAUUUGAUUACCCCAUCCUUAAUGUGUGUCAGAGAUGAAAGUAAAAACUGUCUUCCAUCCGGUUACGUAGUUCCAGUACAAGUUGUCCGCAUCGAAGCUGAGAAAGAAACAGAGACAGACAUUCAAUUUCCUUUACCUUCCAUGUCUAGUGACAAAAAUAUUCUCUAUUACAUGGAUACAGAUGCUGGAAGGAUGGAUUUACAAAUUGAAGAUGGUAAUCCGGGAAUUGGACGAUGGGUAUUUGUUGUUCAUUAUUAUCAACCAUUGAGUUCAUCUUAUGAUGUGUUCUUUGACCUUCCUGGAGAAGUUGAAUCUUCAGGUCACUUCAAAGCUAAAUACUGCCCUAAUACAGCAGGAUGCCGCACUGUAGUGUUCAACACAAAUGGAGGUAAUACCUUUGAUUUGUUAGGUGUUGGCAGUGACCUUCAAAUCACUCUACCAAAUGGAGAUAAGCGUACACUUUGGAUUGAUUACAUUCUCGCAAUUCCAGAGGACAAAUAUAGUGACAGUAUUCUAAAAGAAAAUGCUCAAGAUCGAACUGGUGACUUUAUCAGAGAGUGUGGUAGUCAGGACUUCUACAUAAGCCAAUCAGCGUCUGGAUUCUGCCGAGAUUCAGUCUUUUCACUGACAACAGCUUACAAUAAUGGCGCUUUAUCGUGUGACUGCAACAUCGAUGGAUCAUUAAACUACUAUUGCGAGGAGCUUGGUGGGCAGUGUCCUUGCCGAGAACAUGUUACUGGUCGUCAGUGUGACCGAUGUUUGAUUGGGUUUUAUGGUUUUCCUUUAUGUGCAGAAUGCCGUUGCUUGUCAGGAGUUUGUAAUGAAGAGAAUGGCCAGUGUACAUGUCCACCAAAUGUGGCUGGAGAAUUCUGUGAUCAAUGUCUGGAAAACCAUUAUGGAUAUGACCCUAUUGCAGGAUGUGUUGCAUGUGACUGUGAUGAAAGAGGCACUUUAAACAAUGAUCUGAGUUGUGAUGACACCACAGGACAGUGCAAUUGCAAACAGAAUGUAGCAGAUCGUCAAUGCAGCUCUUGCAAUCCUGGCUACCAUUCCUAUCCAUUUUGUAAAGAUUGUAGAUGUAAUAUUUUUGGCACACAGGACGGCAUUUGCAAUCAAACUAAUGCUGAAUGCCUGUGCAAGGAAAAUGUUGAAGGAGAUUUUUGCAGUGAAUGUAAGCAAGGUACAUUUUCUCUGGAAGAGCGAAACCCGAGGGGUUGUACUUCCUGUUUCUGUUUUGGUAUUACAACUGAGUGUCAAAUUGCAACUGUUAAUAGAGGCCAAGUAAAUACCAUGGACGGUUGGAAUGUGACCAAUUUGAGGGACCCUCAAAUUCGUACAGCUGGUAAUCGCAUAAAUGUCUACAUAGACGGAACUGGAGACAAUGCUCAAGCUACAAUUUAUUGGGUAGCUCCUGCAGAGUACUUGGGAGAUAAGAUUGGCUCCUAUGGAGGAAAACUACGUUAUAGAGUGGAAAAUAACAUAAGGUUAGCAAGAGGUGAUGCUGCAGAUUCUUCACAGCAAAAUCUGCCUUUGAUUCGUCCAGAUGUCAUCUUAUCUGGGAAUGGACAAAACUUGAUGUACAGUAACCUAAAUAGACCUGUUGAAACUGGAGAACUAGUUGAAAUUGAUUUACUGGAGACAAGUUUCCAAGAUACAUUUAGUGGUGCACCUGUGUCACGGCAAACAUUGAUGUUGGUUUUGGCUGAUUUAAGUUCCCUUCAAAUUCAGGCACAGUAUUACCAGAAAGUAAUAGAUGCAAGUUUGAGUGACGUUUCAAUGGACACUGCUGUCAAAGAUUUGUCCGGUGUACGAGAGGUUGGUGUGGAAUCCUGCAGAUGCCCUGCUGGGUAUGAAGGCUUAUCUUGUCAGGACUGUGCUGAAGGGUACUAUCGAAGGAGUGGAUCAUAUUUGGGUAUCUGUGUGCCAUGCGAGUGUCAUAAUCAUGCCGACUCUUGUGAUCCCAACACUGGCCGCUGCUUGUUCUGUGACCACAAUACUGAAGGUUUGAAUUGUGAAAGCUGCAGUACUGGUUUCUAUGGUGAUGCGAGACGGGGAACUGCUUUUGACUGUCAAAUAUGUCCAUGUCCAUUUGCUGUUGUUGGAAGCACGUUUGCCUCAACAUGUCAGCCUCCAGACCACUUAAGCCAAAAUUUCAACUGUGAUUGUUUACUUGGGUACAAGACUGAAAAUUGCAGUGUGUGUGAAAAUGGUUAUUAUGGUAAUCCUGAUCAGAUUGGUGGAUAUUGUGAACCAUGUUUUUGCAAUGGCAACUUAGACCCAAAUGCUGUAGGCAACAUUUGUGACGGUUCAAGCGGUGCAUGCCUCCUCUGCUUAGAAGGAUUCGCUGGAUAUAGCUGUAAUGAAUGUGCUAAUGGCUUCUAUGGAGAUGCCGUAAGAAAUAAAAACUGUUCACGUUGUAACUGCAACAGCUGUGGAACUGAACGUUGCGACAACACUAAUGGCUUCUGCAAUUGCAAAAGAAACGUGAUGGGUGAAACAUGCGACCGUUGCAGGCCCAACACUUGGAACUUUAAUUCAUGUGGUGGUUGUGAAUCUUGCUCGUGUGCAGUUGGCUCGGUGACAGAGCAGUGUGAUGAAAUCGAUGGUUCGUGUUCAUGUUUGCCUGGUGUUGAAGGUGUGAAGUGUGAUCGCUGUCAACGAGGACACUGGGAUUAUGGACCAGCAGGCUGUCAAAAGUGCAACUGUCCAGAGCUCUUGGAGUGUGAGGCAGAUUCUGGCAAGUGUAUUUGUCCACCUGGGGCAACCGGGAAACGAUGCGACCGAUGUGCGCCACGAUAUGUUUUUACACCCGCAGGUUGUAUGCCAUGUGAUAGCUGUGUGCAUACGUUAUUAGAUAUCUUGGAUGAUAUGUUAUUUAAAGUGAAUAACACUAAGCCUGGUGCUGUGGCAAUUGGAUUAGAAGCUUUUUCCAAGAUUGACGAUCUAAAUAAUACAUUAUACAAUGAACUUAAGGUACCUAAUUUAUUUAUUUGUUGUAUGCCAUGUGAUAGCUGUGUGCAUACGUUAUUAGAUAUCUUGGAUGAUAUGUUAUUUAAAGUGAAUAACACUAAGCCUGGUGCUGUGGCAAUUGGAUUAGAAGCUUUUUCCAAGAUUGACAAUCUAAAUAAUACAUUAUACAAUGAACUUAAGCCUGGUGUGGCAAAUGCAGUUGUAGAUUCAAGUCUUGUGUCUACUGAUUUAACUCCUCUAUAUCAACUUUUGGACAAUGUAACUAUGUAUGCUGACGGAAUUCAGAAAAAUUCUUUAGCAAAGAUGGUUGAUGCUGAUGAAGCUAGCCUAGAAGCUGUUGAAACAAGUAAAAAUGCAGUGGAUUUGGAAAAAUUUAUUAAUGACACGUUCAAAGAUCUUAAAGAUAUGAUUGAAAACCAAAGAGCAAUGCAGAUUGAGGGCCAAACUGAAGACAUUCAGAGAAGACUUGAAGAAGCCAGAGCAAUUGUAUCUGAUUUAGAAUCCACAGAUUUUUCAAAAUCUGAACAACUAAGCCUUGCUGAGAAAGCUGCGGCAGAAGAAUUAUUGGAAGCUGCUAAGAAUUUGACAACUUUGAGUCAAGGUUUACUAGAUAAAAUUUUAGAAGUGACUGGAAAUACUGAAGAACAGAUGAAGAAAUUGCAAGAACUUAUUGACCUUAGUGGACAGGCAACCAACCUUAGUAUGCAGGCCAAUCAGUUGAACAAUGCCAAUGCAGCACAAGCAGUAAAGGCUGCAAUUGCUUCUGCCAUUGAUUCUUUUGGCAAAGGCUCAUCGAAUAUUCUCAGUGGUUUUGAGUUACUUGACCUUGCACGAAAGUUACUCCAGGAAGCCAACGAUGCCUAUCAGAAACUCCAAAAUGAUUUCACUCGUCUCGAUGAAGGUAUCAAGCGACUUGACCCAGUUGUUGAAGCUCUUGCUCUUGCUCUAGGAAGGUUGAGGCCUCUGGUUACACAGUCUGGGGAACAUGCUAAAAAUCUCACCAGUUAUGCCAUGGAGAUUGUGGAGCUUUCAAAAGUUGGCACAGCAUAUGCAGAACAAGCUAGAAAAGCUGCAAAUGCUUACAAAGAUAUUGUAGAUGCUAUCGAUAAGGCUGAUACAGCUGCCAAAACGGCUAAAGCUGCAGCUGACAAAGCUCUUGCGGAUACCAGUGGAGUUGGUGACAAGGCCAAAAGAAUUUUGAAGAAAGGCCGCAAACAAAAGAAAUCAGCUGAGGAACUAAAAGAGGAAGUUGAUGCUCUUGGACCCAAACUGGAGGCAACUAAACAGAGUAUGGAAGAACUAAGUAAUAUAAAUCAAGAGACCAGCAAACUAUUGCAGAACCUAAGAGAAGGAAUUGCAAAUCUACCAAAUGUUGAUUCAGAUGCAGCUCUUAAAGCUGUUGCUACGGCAAUGAGUGCUAGUAAUAUUGCAAACGAAACCAAGGUUUUAGUACAGACUAUGCAAGGUGAAUUGAGUGUUUAUACUGACAGAUUAGCUGGCAUAGAUGAGGAUGUGAUGGCUGCUAAUAAUGCUUUGGAUCAGGCAGAGGCAAAGCUUGACAAGUCAGGAGAACACAUUACUACUGCGGGAAGUCUAAUGCAGGAUAUUCAGAGCAAUGCAGCUGAAGUUGAUGAAGGAAAGGAAGGCCUGAAACUUGACAUCAGUGAAAUUAAAAGGCUUGUGCAGCAGGCAAGAGGAGCUGCUGAUCAGAUCAAGGUAGCUGUGUCCUUCGCCGAAGAGGGUGCUUAUGUGAAGGCGAGAUCCUUGCCUGCAAGUGAUAGUACCUUCACCAAAGUUUCCUUUAACAUCAACAAUGCGACUGAUGGCCUCCUGUUCUUCAAUGGCGGUCCAACUAAACAGGAUGACUUCAUAGCUAGUGAGAUAAUAGAUGGACAUGUUAACUUAAUAUAUCGUUUGGGAACUGACGAACCAACUCGUAUCAAAUCGAACCAAAAUAUCAAUGACCAAGAGUGGCAUGAAAUUACGAUUACAAGAUUGGGAAGUGGUGCAUCAAUCAGUAUCGCUACUCCGGGUCAAACAGACGAUGUUGUUGAGGGUACUUCAGAGUCUCCUACUGUCAUUUUUGAUCUUGCUGCAGAUUCAUCAUUUUUCUUUGGAGGUUUUCCAAAUGAUUUUGAUGAGGUACCCGAGAGCUUAUCGACAGCUUCAUAUCAAGGCACAAUACAAGAGAUGUAUUUUGAUGACCAUGUCAUUGGAUUGUGGAAUUUUGAAACAAUUAAAGGAAUUGAAGGUGUAACUCAGAGGCCAGUAAACAGUGAUGAAGCAACUUCAAAUAUUGGUCAGUUCAAUGGUGAUGCAUACCUGCUGCUUGGUACUAAGAGUCUUUCUACUAAUGAGAAGUUUGCUGUUAGCCUAGUUUUCAAAUCAAUUGCUGCAAAUGGGUUGCUGUUCUAUGCUGGAGAUGAAAACAGUUUCCUGUCUUUGUCCUUGAGGAGUGGCAAAGUAGUGAUGAAUUUUAUGAAUGGUGAAGGUGUGUCACUUGAGAUUGAAAGUGAUGAAACUUACAAUGAUGGCAAUGAAUACAAUGUGAUGGCCUUCAGAGAUGGCUUGGAAGGAAGGCUUUCAGUAGGGGCUGCAGAGAAAUUGGCAAGUGCACAAGGAACAUUGCCAUCAGAAGAAAGCAUCAAUGCUGUCAUUCAAAUUGGUGGAUUGGUUCAACCAUCGCAGUUUCCACAUAGUGAUGUAGUGAAUACUAAAGGCUUUUUGGGUUGCAUCAGAGACAUUAUAAUCAAUGGCAUAAGAAUGAUAAUUGAGGACAAUACAGGUUUAUCAGAGGGCUUUUAUUUUGGUUGUCAGCAUAGAGAAGUGCGAUUAAUUAACUUGCAACGAAAUGGCUUUGUUACAUUGUCUGAUCAUGUCAACUUAGGCCUUCAAUUUAAGCUUACUCUGAGCUUUCGUACUUAUGACAGUUCUGGCGUCAUCUUCAAUAUUGGUUCUGAGGACCUUUCAGCAAUCCUGCAAGAUAGCAUAUUGCAAGUUAAUGGCAAAGGAUCAUCAGACACGGUAUUUGCGUUGUCUGGUCAGAAGAAUGUAAGCGAUGGCAACUGGCAUGUGCUUACACUUGUAAAACAAAAUACAAGAUUGGCUCUCUAUGUUGAUGAUGUUGAGGUUGGUAAUUUUAACUCAGCGAGUACAUGGUCCAUCAGUGGUGGCCAACUUUCAUUUGGAAGCAACUCACAGAGCAAUGUUGGGUUUAUUGGUUGUGUAGCAGAUGUAAUAUUAGAUACAAGUCUUGUGAGUUUCUCUGAUAGAGUAGAUGAUGCCAAUGUUGAGUUUGGAUCCUGUGUACUAACUUUGCUUCUGGAACCAUCUAUAGUUACUACUACUCAACCACCUCUUAGUAAUAAAACGCUACUUUUGACAACUAAGCCAAUGCAGUUACAAACAUGUGCUCUUCAGCCUCCGAAAUCAGGUGAUGUUAUUGAUGUUGAUGAAGCAGAUAAAGGUGCUAUAAUGUUUAGUGGAUCAAGUCGUGUUGAGUAUGCAGAUGGAAAAGUAUAUGAUGAAACAAACCUCCGAAAAAGAGGUAUCCUGCAGUUUGAAGUGAAAACUACUGCAGAAGAUGCAAUGAUAUACUAUGCUGCUGAUAGGCGUGAAAUUGAUUUCGUUGGUGUUAACAUGGCAGAUGGAAAGAUUGUGUUCAGAUUUGAUUGUGGCUCAGGUGUAGGUAUCAUUGAAAGUGAAUCUGCAAUUAAUGACGGAAACUGGCAUUCUGUUCAAGUCAGUAGAAAUCUACAAAUUGGAGAAAUUUUUAUUGAUGGUGUAUUAGAAAGUCGAGGUGAAAGCCCUAGUACUGGAAAGUUCAUCAAUAAUUUAGGAAAACAAUAUGUCGGAGGCUUACCAGAUGAUCUAGAAGCAAAUGACAUGCCUGUUCGUGAAGGAUUUAUAGGCUGUAUGAAAAACAUGACCUUCGUUGUGGAUGGUGAAUAUCAUGACCUUGCUGAGGACAAAACAGAAUUUGGAAUUUCAGAAUGUCGUGGAUCAAUAGAGGAUGGUGCAUUUUUUAAUGAUGGCUACAUAAUCUUGCGUGAAGAAUUGAAUGUGUAUAGAAAGUUCUACGUGGAUUUUGAAUUCAAACCAAGAGUAACAGAUGGUGUGCUGAUGUCAAUCCGCACCAAACUAGAUUUCUUUGUUAUUGAGCUUGUAGGGGGCAUGUUGGUUGUUCGAGUUGAUAAUGGAAAUGGUCCGUUUAAUGCUACAAGUGACCAGACUGGUGUAUCCCUCUGUGAUGGCCAGUGGCAUUCUGUCAAUGUUGCAAAGCUAAGAUCAUUGGUGACAGUCAUGGUGGACAAUAUACCAGGUGUCGAUGGUCAAAGUGAUGGACAAACUACUGCAACUAACACUAAAGAUCCUCUUUAUCUUGGCGGUGUGCCAGAUGAUAGUAUGCAUGAUGGAAUUACUACUGACGGAGUAUUUGUUGGUUGCAUUAAAAAUGUCUUCAUUAAACAAAAUAUCGAGAAGCUCAAUGACAAGACUACAGGUGGAAAUGUACAAAACUUCUGUCCAAGGAACUAAACAGUCAACAUUUGCCAAGUGGUGUGUGUAUUGAUUUUUAAAUGGCCCUUUAAGUUUAGUAUUGAGUUGAAUAAGCUACUUUUGAAAAUAACAAUUAGGUUUUGGAAUUAUUAUUACUAGUUAUUAUUUCAUAGUUUAGAAUCGAGAAAAGUUCUCUCUGAUAAAGCUCUGUAACUGAAGGAACUUCCUGCAUUUUAGAAUCUUAGAAGACCUAAAUUUCAUUCCAAAUAAUUGGUUGUGUUUUUGCAUCCCCAUAAUUUUCCUCCGUAAAGGAUUUCUGUAAACUGUUUGGUGAAUAAUACUACAUUUGGUUUUCCACUGAGCCUUGUGUCAGGUAUGUGUAAUCACACUAUGAAGUUUAGUACAAAAUUUUAUUGAAAAACACUGGUCAGUAAUUUUCAGUAUUGCAACUGGGUGGAGAUUUUACCUCAUAUGAUAAAAAUGAUUCUUAUUGCAUGUAACAUAACACUUACAGUAGGCCUACCUCAAUCAAUGGUAAUUGUGAAAAUCAACAAAUUGGCUGCCAGUGUAACAAGAAUCCUAACCUCAAAUUCUUAGAUAUAAAUGAUGCUUUACAACAGCUAUCAGUUGCAUAUUAUUAUUAGAAUUAUUAUUUUAUAUGUUUUAAAACAUUUUAAAAUUUCUAAUGAUGAUUAUUGUGGAAAAUAGUACUUGCAGUUUAUUUUGUUGUAUUAUUGUGAUUAAAUAUUUAGUAUUACAAUUGUAAUUGCUAAUAACAUAUUUUUUAUGUAAUUUUAUUAGCAGGGUUUUUGAUUGCAACAUUCGAAAAACCUUGUUGAUGUGAUCAUACCAGAAGCCAUGGCAAUAGGAAUGUAUAGCAACUGGUGUUGAUGAAAUUGUAUUGACAACAUUCUUGAUGUGAUCAUACAAGAU